GGGGAGGACCCACGCCCAGGGGAGCUUGUUGGGGUCGCCGCUGGAGGCAGUCAAUGAGCAGUUCAAGCAUCUUUGCGUUUUAGACAGGCGGGCCCCCUUCAUUACGAGCUCAGCCUUAAGAUAGUCUGCCCCCUAGCUGCUCUUUUGCAGCAGGAAGCAAAGAAGCUUGGGCUACAGCAGCAGCCCGUGUGUCUCCCUCCUCCCAUCAUCCUCUUCGGGAAGCUGCGCUGCUGCUCCUCCUCAAGAUGGCGGCCGACAGUGAGCCCGAGUCCGAAGUCUUUGAAAUAACAGACUUCACUACUGCCUCCGAGUGGGAGAGAUUUAUUUCCAGAGUAGAAGAGGUUUUGAAUGACUGGAAGCUUAUUGGUAUUUCUUCAGGAAAACCUUUGGGAAAGGGUGUGUAUACCAGUGAAACAUGGGAGGAGAUAUCGGAUGAGAUUGUGUUCGCGGAUUUCCGAUUUUCAGUCACACAUCAUUAUCUUGUACAAGAAUCCAGUGAUGAUGCAAAAGAGAAAGUAGUAGAAGAUGCUCUUCCAGUUGCGAUGCAAGAUCUUCUGUGUAUGAACAAUGACUUCCCUCCUCGGGCUCAUUGUCUAGUGAGAUGGUAUGGUUUGCGUGAAUUUGUAGUCAUUGCGCCAGCAGCAAAUAAUGAUGCAGUUCUUAGUGAAUCCAAAUGUAAUCUCCUUCUGAGUUCAGUAUCUAUUGCACUGGGGAACACCGGCUGCCAGGUGCCAGUAUUUGUGCAAAUUCAUCACAAAUGGCGAAGAAUGUAUGUUGGAGAAUGUCAGGGUCCUGGAAUCAGAACAGACUUUGAAAUGGUUCAUCUGCGCAAAGUGCCCAAUCAGUAUACUCAUUUGUCAGGGCUGCUAGACAUCUUCAAAUCCAAGAUUGGCUGUCAAUUAACUCUGUUACCCCCAAUCAGUAUAAGUAUUCGAUUCACGUAUGUACUUCAGGACUGGCAGCAAUAUUUCUGGCCUCAGCAACCACCAGAUAUAGAUGCUUUAGUUGGUGGAGAAGUUGGAGGCCUAGAAUUUGGAAAGCUACCAUUUGGUGCUUGUGAGGAUCCUAUCAGUGAACUCCAUUUAGCAACUACAUGGCCUCAUUUGACAGAGGGUAUAAUUGUCGACAAUGAUGUUUAUUCAGACCUGGAUCCUAUUCAAGCUCCUCAGUGGUCUGUGAGAGUUAGAAAAGCAGAUAAUCCACAGUGUUUAUUGAGUGAUUUUGUUACUGAAUUUUUCAAACUGUGUCGUCGGAAAGAAUCUACUGAUGAGAUUCUUGGAAGAUCAGCAUUUGAAGAAGAAGGAAAAGAGGCUGCUGAUAUAAGCCAUGCUUUGUCAAAACUCACAGAACCAGCACCAGUCCCGAUUCACAAAUUGUCAGUAACGAAUAUGGUUCACACUGCAAAGAAAAAGAUUCGCAAACACAGAGGUGUAGAUGAAUCACCUCUAAAUAAUGAAGUCCUCAAUACUAUUCUCUUUUACUUAUUCCCUGAUGCUGCUGACAAGUCGACAGAUGGAUCUGAAGCCCGAACAAGUACUUCAAUAGGAAGUGUUCCUCCUCCUCCAGACAAUGAAGAAUAUAAUCUCUACAUCCAGUUCAAAUCUGCUCCUUCAGAUAGUUUAACUUACAAACUGGCCCUCUGUCUUUGUAUGAUAAACUUCUACCAUGGUGGGGUCAAAGGAGUUGCACAUCUCUGGCAGGAAUUUGUCCUGGAAAUGCGUUACAGAUGGGAGAACAACUUUUUUAUCCCAGGGUUAGCUGGUGGUGCUCCAGAUCUGAGAUGUUGUUUACUGCACCAGAAACUGCAGAUGUUAAAUUGCUGCAUUGAAAGGAAGAAAGCAAGAGAUGAGGGGAAAAAAGGAAAUAGUUCUGAUCGCUCCUCUGGUGAUACUGGAAAAGCAACGGACUUGCUGGGUAGAGACUAUCAGAAAGAGAGUGAUAAGGAAAAAGGAGAAACAGGAAAAUCAUGGGAGUCAUGGAGUGACAGUGAAGAAGAAUUUUUUGAAUGCCUAAGUGAUACAGAGGAGCUUAAAGGAAAUGGACAAGAGAGUGGGAAAAGAGGGAUUGCAAAAGAAGGCAGCAAAGAGACUCUAGCUUUAAAGCCGGAAGGCCGUCUGCAUCAGCAUGGCAACUUGACUUUGCUGCAUCCUGGAGACCCCCUCUAUGUUCCAGUAACACAGGAACCAGCUCCUAUGACUGAAGAUCUGCUAGAAGAGCAAUCUGAGGUAUUGGCUAAACUGGGGACAUCGGCAGAAGGAGCUCAUCUUCGCGCUCGCAUGCAGAGUGCCUGUUUGCUCUCAGAUAUGGAAUCUUUCAAGGCUGCCAAUCCUGGUUGCUGUCUGGAGGAUUUUGUGAGAUGGUAUUCACCACGGGAUUAUAUUGAAGAGGAAGUUGUGGAUGAGAAAGGGGCUGUAGUAAUCAAGGGUGAACUGAGUGCCCGAAUGAAAAUUCCAAGUAAUAUGUGGGUUGAAGUGUGGGAGACGGCAAAGCCGAUUCCAGCAAGGAGGCAGAGACGACUCUUUGAUGACACUCGUGAGGCAGAGAAGGUCCUGCACUAUUUGGCCGUUCAGAAACCAGCUGAUCUUGCAAGGCAUCUUCUGCCUUGUGUCAUCCAUGCCGCUGUACUCAAGGUAAAGGAAGAAGAAUCGGUGGAAGGCAUCUCUUCAGUAGAAAAGAUAAUUAAGCAGAUCAUCACCCAUUCCAGUAAAGUUCUCCGGUUUCCAAACCCCGAAGACAAAAAAUUAGAAGAAAUCGUUGGCCAGAUUAUGAGCGUAGAAGCCACUAUUGCCCAAGCAAGGUCACUGAAAGCAAAAUUUGGGACAGAGAAAUGUGAUCAAGAGGAGGAACGCAAAGAUCUAGAAAGAUUUGUGAACUCUUUUCUGGAACAGCCAGAGGUAUCUGUCAUUGGUGCUGGAAGAAGCCCUGCUGGUACUAUAAUUCACAGACUCUUUGUGAAUGCACAGAGGCUGACUGAAUCUUCUGAGGAGACUGCCGCAAUGAUGCCACUUGAUGAACUAAAGAGGUCUGGCUCUUUGGAUGAGAGACAUUUACAUUCAGGAGCAGUUGCAGACUUUCCACCUCCAGCAGGGCGCGAGGUUAUCUUGCGCACAACUAUCCCUCGGCCUGCCCCUUACUCUAAACCUCUGCCUCAGCGGAUGUAUAGUGUGUUUACAAAAGAGGAUUUCCGACUUGCUGGUGCCUUCUCAUCUGAUACGACAUUCUUUUGAUGUUGUCAUCUAGUCCAUUAACCAUGCACCUUAUCCUGCUGGAAUUAGAGCAUCCUUGUGUCUCAAGUGUGCACAGCAAGAGGUGCUCCUUGGGGGAGAUGAGGAUAAUCCUGUUAUCAUUAGUGAUCAAGACUUUUGUUUUCAAAAAGUGACUAGUCACUUGCACAAUGCUAUGCCAAAUGCUAAUAGUUGGGAGUUGGAGUGAUCCUUUGCGUGUUAGUCUUUAUUUAACCUGUAGUCAUUACAGAAGGCUUUGUGGAACUUUUUUUGUGGGAUGUUUGGCAUAGGAUUCCUGAUUUUGAGUUUGCAGGCUCUUCUUGUGGGUCAAGCACUCAGCUUUCAGUGAUGAAAAUACAGAAUGGUAUGUUACUAUCCAGUGUAAAUACUGAGUGAAGCUGUGACUUGUAGAACUUCGCUGCCUGGGUGAAAGCUUAUGCUGUUGCUUUAUGUACAAAACACUAUAUUAUAUAUAAUGCCACACCAUAAGUGAGUUAAAGCUGAAUUAUUAAACCUGGAAUACAUAUAGCUUUAAACUACAACUCAUUCCUGUGUAUCUUAGAAAAUAGCUGGACCAAGAUAGACAAUCCUUCUCUCUAAUUGUGUUCAAGAAAACUACAGGUGGCCCUCAUUAUCCAGAGGAUCCAUUCUGGCCUACAACUGUGGCUAUUGAAACUAUGGAUAACAGUUCCUUGAGUCAAUGGGACUGGGGGUGGGGCUUUAGGUUUCUUGAGGCUAAAAAAGCAGGGAGGCGGCAGAAAUAAGAGCAAUAAAGUAUUGUACCAUGCUCUCCAGCAAUGCCCUCCGUGCUGCAAAAUGGUGGCCAGAAAUGACAUUGCAAGUUGUUUCUGCCCACCCAGGAACAACAGAUAGGUGAAUUGUGCCUGCUUCUUGAACCGUGGAUAAUGUGGUUGGGUCUAUAGAGCCUGACCAUGGAUAUGCAAAACUGUAGGUGCUCGGACUGUAGAUAAUGAGGGCCAUCUGCAUGUACACAAUACCACAAGCAUUUCUGGAAUGGGAUGACAUGUACAAAAAUCCUGUGGCCUACCUUUUACUUGUCACUGUUAUCGUGCAAAGCCACCUCUGUACUUUCUCCAUCAGGCAAUAUAUAAAGGAUUAUUUUAACACACUG